AUGCGUAGUGAAGCAAAAAGGUUGAAGACUUUUGUCACCUAUGAGUCCUAUAGCUUGUGGACACCCCAGGAGAUGGCAGCAGCUGGGUUUUAUUUCACAGGCAUCAAAUCUGGGGUGCAGUGCUUCUGCUGUCGCUUCGUCCUUUUUGGUACCAAACUCUACAGACACCUCAUGGAGGAUCACAAGAAGUUCCAUCCGGACUGUGUGUUUCUUUUGGGCAAAGAUAAGGGUAACAUUGCCAAGUAUGAUAUGAGAGUAAAGAACCCAGAGAACACGCUGAGGGUGGAUGACAAAGCAAGGUACCAACAAGAGAAGGCCAGACUCGAAUCCUUCCAGGACUGGCCAUUUUAUGCCCAAGGCACAUCCCCAAGGGAGUUCUCAGCUGCUGGCUUUGUCUUCACAGGACUACAGAGAAAUGUGCUCAAUCUCCCAAGUCCUAGAGAGGAUGAUUCAAAAAACCACUUGUCAAGGACCUGCUUUUUGACUGCUGUCCAUACAAACAGGGCCAAGGACAUCCACCGCUGCCUAGAUACAAUCACAGAGAUCAAAGCGGUUCCCUUCUGUAAUACUAUCAUAUAUUAUGGAAGCUUUUUUCCACACAAUAUAACCCAUCCAAAGUUUAUGAUUCACUUUAGAGUGAAUGAAACUUUGCAGGGAAUUCAGACAACUCCCCUUUUCAUGGCAGCAGUCUGUGCUAAUUGGCUUCAGUCUUUGCACAAGUCCUUCAGUGAUGUGGCUGUUUUCUAGUCCUUUGUGGAAUGCCUUUUCUUAAGAUAAAAAUCUGGGACUGACCCUCUCAAAGCAACUGUGGCCUCCUGUGGUGAGCUGGCUUUGAAAGGAUUUUUUUCAUCUUGCUUGGAGUUUAGCCAUGAUGAUCUCAUAGAGGCAGGAAUGGAUGAUGAUUUAGCCAUGUACCUGAUGAAAUUCACAGCCCAGAGACUAAGGCUGGUCUAUAAGUUUUUAAAUCCUGCAUUCCAAGAAUUUCUUGCUGGGAUGAGGCUGACUGAACUUCAGGAUUCAGAUAGGCAAGAAGAUGAAGAUUUGGGACUUCAUCAUUUGAAACAAAUAAACUCACCCAUGAUGGUUUUGUGUCCUUACGACAAUUUUUUGAGUUAUGUCUCCUGCCUUGCUUCAACAAGGUCAGGGACAAAAAUUGUAUCUCAUUUGCUUCUUUUGGUGGAUAAUCAAGAGUCACUGGAGACCCUAUCUGAAAAUGAUGAUUUCCUGAAGCACCACCCAGAAAUGUCAGUGAUGAUGCAAUACAUUAGGGGGCUGUGGCAAGGCUGUCCGUGAGAUAACUUUUCAAUGGCUUUAGGACAUUUACCAGCUCUGGCUGUAAAAAUUGCCUAUCAAUUUUGCUAACUGUUGCUACAUGUUCUCUCUCUCUCUCUAUUUUUUUUUUUUUUUUUUUUUUUGCAAUUCCUUCCUGGGAUAAGCCUGUCUUUGGAAGAACUUAAUUACAGUAUUUUUUUGACCACUCACCCAGAAUGCUUGUUAGUAUUGAGGAGCAUCAAGAUCUCCAUAGAUGGAAAAAAAUUACCCAGAUUGAAUUUGUCAGGCCCAGAAACAUGUCUUGACCAAUCCCAGGCACCAACUAUAGAUCAGGACUGUGCUUCUGCCUUUGAACCUUUGAAUGAAUGGAGGCGGGUAGCUGAAAAAGAAGACAACACGCAGAGUUUUCUGAACAUGCGACCUGAUGCUCCACCAGACAUCAGCACUGGCUGUGGGAACCUCUCUCCAAAGCAGUAGCAGAUUCCCCUUCUGGAAGUUGAUGCGAAAGAUGUUCAUGCUGUGGACCAGGAGCUGCUAAGGCUUCUAGUGGAGGUUUUCUCAGCUUCACAGCACAUUGAACUCCACAUGAUGAGAAGCAUGAGCUUUAUUGAAAGCAUCUGCCCGGCUCUUGAGCAGUGUAAGUCCUCUUUCACCAAGUGCUCCAUUUGCAAAUUUGAGCCAAGUGCAGUAGAACAGGAAUUGCUUCUCAUUCUGUCUUCCCUGGAAUCUCUUCAAGUCUCAGAGACAAGCCAGCUUCUAGCGGGAACUUCCCAACUGUUUUCUAAUUUAGACAAGUUCUUGUGCCUGAAAGAAAGGUGUGUAAAUCUGGAUGAUAAAGAUUUUUUUUCAGUCAUUCCUGAAGAAUUCCUAUAUCUCCACCAUAUGGAGAAAUUACUGGUCUGAAUUUCAGCUGAGCAUGGUCCUUCCAAAUUAGGUAAGGGUGUACUUAAUUCUCCAGACCUCCAUAUUUUCCAUCUGCAAUGUAAUUUCUUUUUGGAUUUUGAGUCUCUCACGACUGUACUGGCUUCCUGCAAGAAACUUGAAGAAAUGAAAAUUUCUGGACUAUUUUUUAAACCCAUUCCAUUUGCCCAGUCAACUGACAAGACUAGAAAGUACCCCAAAAGCAACGAGCAUACCAGCUAUCUAGAUCUUGACUUUGAAAUACUGGCCUCCCUAGAAGGAACCAGGGGGUCCUGGGAGAAAUGGCUAACAUAA